AUCAAGAACCGUCACUCUUAAAUUCUGUCAUUUCCUAAGCCGCGCAUUUGGCAUUUGUAGUCUCGUUGCUGUUUAGGUUAAAUAAAUUAAUGACUGCAAUAAACAAACGGUUAUUUGUACCAAAAUAAAUACAAAUACUAACCCACACGAUGGAUGUAUUUUUGAUGAUAAGAAGGAAAAAACUAACAAUUUUCACCGAUGCAAAGGAUACGACCACGGUUUUAGAACUCAAAAAAAUUAUUGAAGGCAUAUUAAAAAUUCCACCCCAAAACCAACAACUAUUCAAUAAAGAAUACACGGUAAUGGAAGAUGAGAGGCAACUUCAGGACUAUGGACUUACUUCUGGCUCAGCAAAAGCUCAGUGCCCGGCAACUGUUGGUCUUGCUAUAAGAGAUGAUAAUGGCGAUUUUGAACAAUUGGAUCUAAUACCUUACUCGGCUCCACCAGAUCUGCCAGAUGUGAUGAAAUCUCAAGAAAACAAUGGCCAAGAACAAACCUCUUGAACACAUGUACAUAACCCCAUUUUAUUAAUUUUACGUCAUUGUUUUAAUUUCGCCUUAAAUACUGAUUCUUUGGAUUUUCGAUUGUCAAAUAUUUUUGUUAAAUAACAUACAAUUGAAGAUAUUUUUUUAAAUACCUGAUUAAUUUUGCCAAUUAUCUAUUGGAUUUUUUUAUAUAUAUUUCUCUCAGUGCUGAGUUUAACAGUUUACUUGUGUUGUUUUUGGGAUCUAUUUUGAAUAUAAACCCUAAAUAAUAAAAAAAUUAUUUAAUCAGCACUUAUUAGCCCUUCCUUGUUAAUAAAGGGGCACAUUUGAAGAAUGUAAACUCUUAUGCAAGGAAAGUAUAAUUUUUUUUCAGGAAAUGGGGGUCAGAAUCCCCUUUUUCCAUUGGGGAAUCAUGGUGAUCAGUGGAAGAUUAUUUUUAUAUUAAUUGUACCGUUAAUUAAUUUUAAUAUUUAUUUAUGAUAGCUUUUUGAAUUUAUGAAUUAUGGGUUACUUAAUGAUGGUCGACUGACAACAUUGUAAUAUUUUUUUUUUAUUUUUGGUUAAUAGUAAAAAUAGAAGUAAAAUACAUUUCUUCCACUGAUAUUUUGUGUUUUUUAAAAAUUAUUUUGAAAAAAAACAACGUUAGCAUAUGCCAAAUAUGUGUGUCUAAUGGAUAAAAAUAAAAAAAAACAAAAUGAUUAGUUGUAUAUAAAAUAGAAAUUAAAGGUUGACCAUAAAGUUUGCAUGUAAAAAAUUACAGUUAAUCGCCCCUUUAAUUUAACUAAUUACUUUGGAAUUUAUAAUAAGUAGAGCCAGUUUUUUUUUUUUGAACCAUUUAACAAUAAAGUAAAUUUAUCAAAAUCUUUCACACAUAAAUUUUAAAAACACAUACGCAAUAAAUGGGCAUAAAAAGACGCAAAUUUACUGGUGUGAACAUGGCUUUAAAAGUGAGAUUAAUUAAUGAAUGAAGUAUCAUUUAAGUCGGGUGACUCACCCUUUGUGCAUAAAUGAUAAUCUUUGAUUUGUGCAAUCUCUAGAUUUUUUUAAUUUUUCAUAAAUAGAGAAAUGUGUGAUAAU